AUUAAAUCAUGUUUUUGUGAAUUCAUAUCAUAUUUUAAACGGUCAUGGAUUUAUUUCUCAAUUUCGUUUAAAACUGUGUAUAUUAUAUGAUCGCAAUAAGCAUUUCCCAUCUCUGUAAAUUCCCCAAUUUUUCUCUAUUUUUUCUAAAUUUUGUAUAAUUAAUUUAUCUUAUAAAAUAUCUAUGAUUCCUCAUUCUUAUUUUGUCUGGUUUGUAAUCGAAUAGUUUGGACUGAUGGAUUACCGGCACUUGAGCACAUCUGCCGCUCCCAAGAACGAAAUGAGCAAUUUAAAGGACGAAACCCAGAAUCCCGAAAAAAAGGAGGCUACUUUAAAGGAUUUGUUAACAAUCCGUAAUAAUGAGCUGUCUGAAAUCAGGAAAAAAUUGCAUCAAUGUUCUGAAAUAAUAAACAAAAGUGAAAAUCUGACAUAUUGUUCAAUGGACGGCCUGAAUUCCGGGCUACCAUUGGUGCCUGAUGAACAGGUAAUCGUAAAUAAUGCGGGUGAAUCGGUCCCAAAUGACGUAGUUAUGCAGAAGUUUGGCCAGGACUUCAGCCCGGAGUCUGUAAUUCCGGGAUUUUAUACCUGGUUUCAAGGCGACGGAUCAGUUGUCCGGUACGUAAUUGACUUUGUUUUGUACACCUCAAGGGGUGACCGUUUUGUGCCUUUGGAGCACCUGGGCAGAUACGAAUCUAGAAUUCUUAUGUUCUGCAAAGUCAAGCACAUUGGGCUCGUUCACACAGUUGAGGACCUCUUGGAGACUAACCACCCCUGGACCAAGUCCUUCAAAACCAAACGUAGAAUCGACGGUGUAGAAGGCUUCAUUAAAGUUGCCAGAAAGCAGAGAUACUUUGCAGCUAAAAUUGUGCUCGUCGACUGGUUCUUUGAUGUCGGGACCAAAGAGGACUCUCCACCAUACCUUUGGGUAGUCUCUGAAAACGACGUCUUCUAUAGAAUUGACCGACCCUCCGGUGGUUAUUAUAACGCGUUCGCGCCAGCAAAAUUACUUUUUGAUAUGUCAACCAGAAUCGUAAAGGAAAUGCAAUCAGAGAAUGACAAAUCCUUUAAGAACGUUCUAAUGUCAAUGACUAACCCUAAGCCUCCAAGAAAUUAUGGACGAUCGUUAUCCAACUAUGCUCCUGUGAAUACUGUUGGCACUCAUUUUGCCAAUAACCAACCCAACUCACAUUCUCAAGAUACAGGAACAGAUAAUUUAGCCCCUGCUUCUCAAUUAAAUGGUAAAACUGAAAACUCACAAGUCAGCGCUUUUGAAGAGAAGAAAGAGGAUCUGACGCAGUGGGGAGCUCCAGUUAACAUUUUAGGCUGUAUGCCUAUUGAUGUGUACAGGAAUCUGGACUUCAUCUUCACGGAGUGCAGGUACUAUUACUACUUCACGAACAGCCGGAAACUCGAGACUUAUUUGAGUGAGUUGGUGGACCGUUUGAGGGAACAAUCACCAUUCCACUACUUUGAUAACAACUUCAUGCGGUUGGAUUACUUGGGAAAAAACACACUUGCGAACCGCUACAAGUCACAGUUAUACGUUAAGGGGACACCAAUACCCAGUUUAGCGCAUUUGCAGGCUCAGCAAGGCUUGAUGAAGUCAGUGAAGAGGGGUCCCAAGAACAAACGCUUCAACCUCGAGGAGUAUAAUAAUCAGUACAACAUGAAUGAUAUGAAGAGCAGAAGCGGCAGAGUUAUCAGGAACAAAGCAGUUUCCGAAAUAGAACCCGUGGUCCGCAAGCACGUAGUUCAAACCGAGUCUCAGAAGAGGGAAGAGUACCGGAAGGCUGUUGAACUCGAAGCCAAGUGUGACGGGCUUUUGCUGCCCUUCGACUUCGAAUGGUCGAACUAUAACACAUGUUCAGAGGCAUCUGACACUGACAAAUCGCCGCCGGUUCUCUCAAACGAUGUUGAUAUCGCACUAAAUAACGCGAAAUAUUACCCUAGAGAUAUUCCAUUGCGAACGUUGAAGUUUUAUGGAAUUGAUGAGAUUGUUGAUUUACUCGACCUCACUCGUCAGUUCUCAGUACCAAGUCUAUCUACACCGCCACUUUUACCGAAAAUGACAUUCGUACAACUAGAGUCGAAUCUGGUCUUCAAUACCAGCCUUGCAGAGUAUAAACCCAACGAGGGCUUCUCAUUCCCCUUAACCGAACCCAUCUGUAUUUGCAACAAUAAGCGAUUCAUGAACACUUUUAGUAAUGUAAACCCUGCGAAUGCCGCUGUUAAUAGUGUCAAUAAUGGCGUGGUAGAAGAUGAUAAGGAGGAGGCGAUGGAUGAUGAAGAAUAUGAUGACGGAUUACAGUGGAUUUAUUAUCUCAACAAGAAUCUGAUAAAUGAGGUGGAUAUUGAAUAUUUGGAGGAUUUGGAUGAGGGAAGUGUUGGCAGAUUGUACGUAGGUCUGAUGCAGGUGUUCAGAAGAAACAUCUGUAAUUACGGCUUCGACUGGUUUGUACAGAACCUCAGGGAAAGUGGAGAGCUGAGUGAUAAGAAGAAGGAAGUUCAGGAAAGAGAACUUCAAGUUGCAAUUUCAGACUCUGAACUCGCCCUAGACUUUGUAAACACAAAUGGAGGAUGUUUGUACAAGGGUAGGUUUAAGAGGGUUGGACAAGACCCAGACUCUGUGUUACCCUACGUAAACUCGUCAAGGUGGAAUAAAAGAUUCAAAAAGUUUCAAAGAGUUGUUACGGUCUCAUCAACGUACAGGUAUACUGUGAUAUCACACGACCAAGAUAGAGAUAGUUUUACACUGUAUGACAGUAGCAGACCGAAAGUCUGUCCGUUGGACCUUUUGUACGGUGCAGACUCUAAUUUUAAGACCAUUAUGACGCCAGGAGAACCACUUCCAACCUUCAAAAAGAUAGUAAACGUCUGGAAAAAAGAUCACCCACAACACCUUAAAGCAAAUAACGCACUCACCAAAUCAGUUAAUCACUUUAUUAACGGAUUAAACUCUUUUGUAAAUAGUCAAAGGAAGAGCGGAUUGGUGGUUGAAGAUUUGGAUCUGACGAAAUAUGACAUGAGUUAUUAUAUUGGAUAUUUAGUAGAUGAAUCCGAGGAUUUGUAUAGGGAACCAGUACUUGGGUUUGGAUACAAAGAACAUUCAAGUAUAGCUCAAACUGAGUUGCUAUUAGAGCCUGAAAUGUUAACAGAAUAUACAUGGAAUGCAUUCUUGAAGGUAUAUUUGUUUUACGCACUUUACAGCUCCAAAACCACCUACCGCUAUAAGCUAAACUCGGUCGUCUGGGGGGACCCCUCCUUUCUAAACUUCAGUCAGUCAUAUUCUCAAUUCAAUAAACAAUAUGGAGAUGAUUUCAAAGGCUUCGUGGAUCGAGUGAGUGAUAUUGGUGGUGAAUUUGGUGAAGGAUUUGGAAAGGAAAUGGGCGAGGAUAAGUUUGAUGAAAUGAUUGAUACUGAGAAUUUGAAUAUGUUGGACGAUAUGCCAUUUGAAGAUUAUGAAAAUAGUAAUAGUGGAGUUGAAGAUGAUAAUUUACAAAUGGACAAUAAUAAAUUAUAUCAAGAGGAAGAUGAAGAGGAGGAGGAAGAAGAAGAAGAGGAUAAAGAACGUUCCACAAGAAGAGGCUGGGGAUUGAACCGCUACUGUCCAUAUUAUGAGUUUGAGAUGGAGUGGCACCCGGACCAGGAACGAUUUGAAACCCUUUGCAAGGGAUCAAUUGCACCAUCAUUCGUUAAGGCAGCCUUUUUGAAGCUGAGAAACAAGACAUUUUUGCAGUUGGACAUGUACGAGAGGCUGAGUUUGUUGGUAUGGUUGGGCGCUAUUUUGAGUUACUCGAAUGUGGGCAAAAACUUCAUAGAUGAUCGAAACGAAGAGUUUUUCCUACUUAAAUCCCAGCUGAUGAAAACUGAAGAUGAGAAAAAGAUCGUUAAAAGACCAAAAGUAAUCAGCAGAGAAUUGAUGGAACUGGAAGAAAGGUAUCUCCAAAGACCAGUUCUGUUAGGGCUUGAUAGAUUUUACAAUUCGUACUAUUACUUUGGACUUGACUAUGAGAGGAGAAUAUAUGUACAAACAAUGCCUCAACUCAGAUUCAUACAAAAUCGAAUCAUAAGGAGGAGUAAAUACCUUAGAAAACCCUCAAUCAACCCCAAAUUCUUUACCUUCGACCUUUCUGAAUUUGCACAAAAAUUCACACAGGACAGGAUUUUCAAUCAAAUCAAGGGCAAAAGAGGAAGGAAACGAGAGUCAUCAACUCAACAACAAGAUGAUAAUAGUAAUAAUAAUAAUCCCAAACGAAAUAAACCUAAUCCACCAAAUACACAAACGAAGAUUACCAAUCUAUUGACACUAGAUGCAAAAGAAAAUGUUUCGAAUAAAAAGUCUAACAAUAAUAACUCCAACAACACUGAUAAUCCAGCUGAUAAUGUGGAUAAUGAUACAACUUAUAACGAUUCAUCAAUAAAUACGCCAGAUAGGCUGGUGUCAGAUACCGCAUCAAAUGAUACGACUAACCGUGAUGAUGCCAAUGGUAACGCAGCCAAUACCAGUGAUUCAGGUGAUAAAGAAACUGGAGAGAAUGUAAAGGAGGAGAUGAUGAGGAAGAAGAGAAGUAAAGGCAGGACAAGAAAUCGCCCAAAGGUGAGGCGUAGUCGUCAGAUGUUUGACAGACAUCCAACGUAUUUUGGGACAGUGGAGGAGUAUUUAGAGUAUCUGGCAAAUGCACCAGCUGUUCUAAGUUGGUGUGUAAUUGACUCCCAUAAGUCCCUUAAACGCUUUAUAACAAGACUGUCGCAACAUACCACAAAUGAACGAAAUCUGGCAUUCAAACUCUUGCAAAUUGAACCCGAUUUCUCACUUCCAUCAUUUGAAAUCCUAACCUAUAAAUCACCAACAAUCUUAGGAGAAAUGUUACUUCCACUCCUCAGAGGAGUUUACAGAUUUUUCAAAAAUUCAUUCACUAAAAUUGUUCUGUCCACCACAAUUCUAAGUAGUGCUACUACUGUUAAUGAUGCUGGUAGUGGUAGAAAUAGUUCUGCACAAAAUGAAAAAAUAAAAGUAAGAAUGGAUGAAGUAUAUAAUAAUGGAUUGUAUUUGAAUUUGUAUGUGAAUCAUAUGAUAAAGAAGUGUUUGGCAUUCUGCGUGUCUGAUUUAGAGGGAUGUAGACAGUGUUUGAAACAGAUAUUGGAAUUAGUAUAUUUAUUUGAAUUUGUAACUAACAGAUAUUAUAAUCAUACAAAGUGGCUAGAAAUGAGAAACGAAUGGAGACUAAAUCUAGAAGCUAUAUAUACCCAGUUGAACACAGAAAGCCCAAAUUUAAGGAGAUUUUUAAACCAGAAAGUUAAGCCCCAGGGUGAACAUAAACCCAACUGCUAUGCAAAUUCCCCAAAUUCUCAAGAUAAUAAUAUGGGCAAUGAGUUGAUGAUGAUGGUUGAAAAGGCCGGGCUGUGGUUUAGGUUUUUUGAAGUGUAUAGCUACGACCCUAGUUUAGAUUUUUCAGUUAGUACAGCAGUUAAUUAUAACAAGUUUGCGGAUGAACAUGGAGAUUUGCUCAAUUCAGCACUGAGUGAACCUGAUAAGAUCGAUAUAUUUGAGUUGCUAAACUCUCUGAAAGUGAAUGAUACGAUGGUGUUCUUUUCAGGAGGAUUGCUGGAGUUGAUCGGUUCCGUUAGUGAUUUGUUAAAGGAUAUUCAGGAAUCUUUGGGAAUUAAAGUAAACGAAGAGAAACAUACAAAUAAGACUAGUAAGAGUUCAAAGACUAAGAAGAAAAGAAAGAAAAGGGAUAGAGAUGCUGAUUCCGAUGUUAAUCUUACAGAUAUUGAAAGUCUCACUGACCCGAAUGAUUUAUACCAACUCUAUGAUAUUGACGAUGCAGAACAAACUAAUAUUUCAAAAGAUGAUAACAGUACUAAAUCCAGUUCAAGAAAAUCUUCCAAAAAAUCUCAAACCCCUCCGGAAACUAAUACUAACACAGCUGAUGCUACUAUAGAGAAUACUCCCACUGAUAUUAAUAUUAAUUUGAAUAAUAAUACCUCUGAUAAUAAAACUGACACAGCUGAUAAUACACAUACUACCUACACUGCUGCCGAUAAUACUGUUACAACCGUCAACCCAGUAAAUAAUGUUAAAGAAGAGAAGGUAGAAAAGACACCGAAACCCAAGAGAGCUAAAAAAUCGAAAUCGCCAAAUGGUGAUUCAAGUUCCAAUAACGAAGUUAAUCAAGAGACUGAUUCAGUUCUUUCAGACACGUCCCCAGUUAAUAAUAGUGUCACACCAGAAACUACAAAUAAUGCAGUAAAGGAAGAGAAUCAAGAAAAUGCCACACCAAAGGAGGAAAGUGUGACCGAUGAUAAUGAGGAACUGAUCGAUCAGAUAAAGUUAUUAUUGGCUAAACUGGAACAUAAUUAUAGAAAUGCACCUCAGGAAACUUGUCAAGUUAGAAUUUUGUCAUUAACCACAAAUUUAAUUGAUCUACAACUACCAGCAAAUCUUUCCAAUUCCCCCCCUACUAUGAAGAAUACAGUUAAUGAUAGUAGUAAUGCAGUUGGUGAUAGUGAUCUAGUUAAGGAAGUAAAGGAUGAGAAGGUGUCUGAUAGUUUUAGUCAGAUGAAGAUAUUUUGUUUGAAUUUGACAGUUGAGAGCUUGGCUUACGAUGAGGAUAGUGAUCGUGAAGAGGAAGAUCUAGAUGAGAAGUUCGGACUAGUCAAAAACUUGAGACGCGUUUGUAGAACAAUGUCAAGAAUUGAAAAAACGAGAGCUACAAAGAAAGUCACUGAAGAACCAACAUUCACCCCAAGACCUAAUUCAGCUUCACCAUCCCAAGUGUUCAAUCUCACACUCCCAAUACUCCUCAAAUAUCCAAAACACCUUCAUUUGCCCAAUUUUAUGUAUUCUUAUCAAAGGGUUUAUGAUGGUUUGAAGAGUUUGUGGAGAGCAUCGCUGAAGUGUAGGAAUAAAUAUACAGGCCAGACUGGAGUUAUAAAGAGGUCAAACUAUGCAACGGUAGACGUUUGGAAGUGCGUGCAAGUAGAAUGGAACGAUAACAAAAAGGAGCAAAAGUCUUACAACCCGUGGGAACUUAUUUUGUAAUUUUAAUCGUACACUAUACUAUUCACAAAUAGUAUAAUAUAGGGUAUAGCAUAA